UUCACAGCUGAACACACCAAUGAACAAUUUGAUGAUGAUGAACUCCGUGAAGAGUCUCUGCUGAUGACAGGAACAGGCAGACGAGCUGGAAAACAUCAGUGAAAAUAAAGAUAAAUAUGGAUAAAUCUAAUCUACAGUAUUUACAGUGUAGCAUGUUGACUGUCAGUGAGUGUUUAUGUCACCCCAAACUACAAAAUAAUUAAAAGUUUAAUAUGUAAUGAAUUAAAGGAAUAAUCUGGUUUCAGUACAGGUUCAAUCUGGAACAUCGCUGACAUAAUGGUAAUUACCACAAAAAUAAUUUCCAAUUGAAAAAAAAAAAAAAAAAGCAAAAAUGUAAAGUUACAAUGAGGCACUUGCAAUGAAAGUGAAUAGUACAGCCACAAGACAUAAACAAAAUGAGUGUUAAGAUGAUAUUAAUUUUUUCCCAUUCCGAGUCAAAUUAAUGUUUUUUUUUUGUUUUUUUUUGCUGGAUUUGUCCCAAAAUGCUAUUUUAUGAAUGCUUUUGCUUAUCGCUAUGAAUCCCAGUAAAUGCCAUCCAUAAAUGUCAUGCCCUGAAAAAAAAAAGGUUUUCUUUCAAAAUCUUUUUUUUUUCCCAAACUCCUCCUACAUUGUUUUUGUGUCGGUAGAUGUCGUAUACCGCAUCAGCAAAUUUAAAGGCAUGAUGCCAAAAUGUCUCAAAAUGUCUGAGGCUGAAUCUCUGCAAUGCUCUGUCAUAUUGACACCAAACUGAGCAUAUGUUAUUGUCACCUUACUGUGACCACGCCACAUCAAUGACAGUGUCAUCUAUUGGUUAAACGGGGAAAACCAAUAAAUCAUAUUAUUAGUGAAUUGUAUUUAUGAUUUGUCAGCCAUUUUGUCUAAAAUCAACUUAAAAUGUAUUUAAUUACUCAUUGCUGCAUGUCAGUCUGAUGCUCCUAUAGCCAUGCUGGCAUGACUUAUCGCACCUUCAUUGUGCUUGGCCUCUUAAUUUCUGCUUGCAGCUAUAUUUUUCCUUGGUAUCAUAAUUACAAAAACCUAAAAUGACUAUAAACAUGAUUAACAGUUCACAGCUCAAGUAAUACAGAAGUUUUAACAGAAGAGUGUCAGUAUAAAAUUGUAAGCUUUACAUUUCCGCUUCUCAAUUUUCAAAAAAUGCCACUGAUGUAAAUGCUUCCCCAUAACACUGAGUUUCGCUUUAAAAACAUGAUUCUGUUGAUUCUAAAUAAUUUUUUUGUACUAAUUAAUUCUGUUGAUUGAGCUUAACUCAAAAUAUUCCCUUAAUAAAACAAGAAUAUGUGGACAUGAGCUUUUUACUCACCAUAGACAGAAACAUUGAAUGUUUUUGAUGUCAGUUUCAGUCCACUCAUCUUUACUUCAUAGACUCCAGCAUGUUCAGUUGUGAUGUUUGUGAUGGUCAGAGAUCCAGUUUGAUCGUCCAGCUUCAGUCUGUCUCUGAAUCUCCCAUCAGGAACAUCAUCAUAUAUGGAGAAGUUUUGCUUCUGUUUUUUAAUUUUAGCUAUCAGAGAGUUUUCAGAUUCAAAAUUCCACAGUAUGUCGUCUUCCCAUAUUUCAGUAAGAUCAGUGUAUAAAGUGACUGAAUCUCCCUCCAUUACUGACACUGACACUGAAUCACCAAACACACCUGGAGAACAGACACAUUUUACACUGAUUAAGGCUUCUGAUGGUUUACAAAGCUUGAAAUCAGUUAACUAAGCCUGAACUGAAAAACAUUCACAACAGCAGCAAAGUCACACAAGCAAAUGAAAGGUUAGAUUUAUGAAAGGAAAGAUGUGUGUGAACUAAUAAUAUGAUUAUUAUAGUUUUAAAGUCAUCUGCCACGUGAGAAAAAUGAAAAAUUAAAGCUAGAAAAAGUUACACCAUGAAAAGUUAAAUUCUUAAAAAUAUUUUCAACAUCUUGACAUUUUUGUGUAUGGGACAUUUGGAUCAGUGCAGAGUUCUUGAAGUGCCUUAAUAGAGGAUUCUCUCUCUGUCUCCACUGGUUGAAGAACUAUAGCCAAUUAAAUUAUUUUCCACAACUUUUCACAUCUGUGAAAAAUGUUACUAAUGUUAAUCCAAAAAUAUAUAUUUAUAACUUACCAGUCAGACUCCACCAGCACAAACAGAACAAAGCAAUCAUGUGAAACAUUUUCUUCAAAUGUUCAGUGAACGUCUGACCACUGAAAACACUCAAUCUGUUCAUCUAUUUUGUGAAUCCUCCCCCAACAGUUUGACCCUUCUAGUUCACACGCUCUCUAAAUGUGUGGUAUGAUUAUAUAACAUAUGAAUGCUCUUGUAGCUCUUAUUAAGACUUUAAUUGUUCUUAACAGUGAAAACAUUUUUAUUUUAUCAUUUAAAACCACCAUUUUUAGUAGUUGCUUUAUUGCUUUAAAAACGUAACAGUGGAAUUGUGUUAAUAUUCUUAAUUCUCCUUAUAAGUAGAGCUUGUUGGUUUUCAAACUGUUAUAUAGUCCACUUUAAUAAUUCAAUUAAUCAAUUAUUGUAUUUGAAAAAAAAAAAAAAAAAAAAGCAGAACAAAAAAAGGACCAACAUCCAUCUCGUUGGGGCCACUCCAGCAGCUUAUCUUGAGUCAAACUGAAACCUGAUGUUAUCUGAUUUCUAUAGAAAGGUGGUUUGAUCAGAUAUAUAGACAAACAGCUUGCAUGAGAUAGUGGCCAUUUAGUGCAUGUGUGUUUAGUUUGUAGACCAAGAGUUUCUUCCUGUCCUGAUUUUUAUCAACCUCACAGUUAAUGUUCUCACAAAACAUUUAAUGAAAUACAAUUACUCAAAUUUCGAUUUUAAAAACAUAAAUAAGUUACUUGUAUUUCAUAACUCCCUAACCCUGAUUAUAUGUGUGUAGGCCUGUUUUAUUCCAAAAGACUGAUCUCACAUUAUUUAUGUAAUGUUAUUUUAAACUUUUUUAUGCCAUAUGUCUUAAUUUUCUGAUAUCUAUUUCAGAUGACAAUUAAAGAUAAUUAAAAUAUUUUUAGUUUUACACACACACACACACACACACACACACACACACACACACACAAUUGAACUAAAAACUCCACAUUAUUCCUAAAUCAAAGAAUAAUGAAAAUAAUGUAUUCAAAACGCUUAACCCAAAUGUAAUGUAGGCUAAUAUACUAAAAUGCUAUGAAAUCAUAUUUAUACGAUGUUUCACAAACAGACAGCGAGGUUUGCAUGCAGACUAAACGUGAUGACUACGUCAUCACACGCUAGGGAUGCUCCAGAUUAUCACUUUCAUUUUAGUUCAACCACUACGUCGCCUUUAAAAGGAAAAAAAAAAGAGGAACACUUUUAUGGAUUAGAAUCUGCAUUCAUUUGUCUGAACAGACAGUGGCGAAAAUGAAGCUUCUCUUUUGGCUCUUGGUGUUCUUGUUUUUUUCCGAUCGUGGUGUAUCAGGUCUUUAUUCAGUCAGAGUGCCAGUGUCAGUGAAUGAAGGAGAUUCAGUCACUCUAAACACUGGUGUUCAGACAAACCUACAAGAAGAUAUUAAAUGGUAUUUUAAUGGCAUUCUCAUCGCUCAAAUCAGUGGAGAUCUCAGUUAUAGUUGUACAGAUGUUCAGUGUAAUGAAGGAACUGAGAGAUUCAGAGACAGACUCAAGCUGGAUCAUCAGACUGGAUCUCUGACCAUCAUGAACACCAGAAACACAGACUCUGGAGAAUAUAAACUACUGCUCAUCAGCCGCACCACCAGUGAAACGAUCUUCAAUGUUACUGUCAGUGGUGUUUCUGCUGCUGAACAUUAUAAAAUGAAGACAAUAUCAGGGAUCAGGGGAGAAUAUGUUAUUCUAGAUCCUGAUGAAGGCCUAAAUGAUGCAAUGAUGUGGUAUUUUAAUGACACCAUCAUUGCUAACAUCACUGGAGAUGCCAGUAAAAUCUGUACAGAUGUUCAGUGUGAACAUGGUGAUGGGAGAUUCAGAGACAGAUUGAUUGUGGAUCAUCAGACUGGAUCUCUGACCAUCACAAACAUCAGAACCACAGAUUCUGGACUCUAUAGACUACAGAUCAUCUACAACAGCAACAGCUUCAGCAUCAGCAGAAUGAAGAGCUUCAGUGUUUCUGUCAUUGGUCUGUCUACAGGUGAAAUUGCAGGAAUAAGUGCUGCUGCUGGUGCUGUUCUGCUGGUGGCUGCAGCUGGUGUGAUUUACUGUAAAAGAAAAAACAAGAAGAGAAACAGUGAUAAACAAGAGUUGGAUCAUGAUGAGACUAAAUCUCUGACCGCCACAAACAGCAGAAAUGAUCCUGAAGUACAGCCCAGCAGCAACGAAGAAAUGCACUUAGAUGACCUUAAUGAGCAGUGUAAUAAAAAUACUAAGAGAAACAGAGAUAAGCCAAAGCUGGAUCAUGGGACUGAAACUGUGAUCAUCACCAGUAAACUAAAUUAUAAACUACAGUUCAACAAGAGCAGCAGCAGCACCACCACUGAAACUGAACUUCAAUGUUACUGACUGAGGUGACACUGGACACUGAAAAGGCUUCAAGCGGAAAUCAUGGAGAGAAGAGUUGAAACUGAAACUUCACCUAAAGAGUAAUUGUGUCACUAAUCCUGGUACCAAUAAAGUGACAUUUGACCUAUAUUACAUACCAAUUUAAAUACAGCAACAACAAAAAUCUGCUGUAACAAAGCAACACAUUACAACAGAACACAGAGUGCAUGGUGUUAUGGAAGCCCUGAACCACUACAUGAAAUGAUACUUUGAGUGAAAAUAGAUACACUAAGUGAAAAUAGUUUAUUAAAAUUAUUAAAUGGAUGCCACCCAAUCGGGACAAUAAAGCCCUCCCUACCCCCCACAUGAUAAAUACUUAAUUAUUAAACACUCAUUAGGUAUUUUAUUUCCACUUUUCGAACAUUGUCUUCAUUUUUAUUAAAAAUAGAUGUUUGACAUUGAGUUUGUUUAUUCUCAGCAUCUUAUUUUGUCUUUUUUCCCAAUAUUUAACAAGUUUUAUUUUGAAACAAUGACAUUAUGACUUUAUUAAUGACUUUAUUUACAUUUUAUUUUUUUAGUUUUUUUUCUUGAAACAGAACGACUUUAUUCAUUAAAUUUAAUUUGUUGACAGAUGUUGAGUUUAUUCUCAGUAUUUAAUUUUGACUUUUUUUCUUGAAAUUUAUUUAUUUUUUCUCUCAAAACAACAACUUAAUU